CUUUUAGGAGUUUAUGUGAAAGUUUCAGGCAUGUCGAAAUCUGAUUUGGAGAAGAAAGCCUUCACUAAGAUACCCGAGUACAUGUUAGAGCAGAACAGACCUUACAGUGCCAUUGAUGUGUUCACCAAUUUGAAGCAGGAGUUCGGAAAAACGUUAGUUCUGAAGGUUUUGGAAUCUUGUGUCACAUCUGGCAUUCUGAAGGACAAAGUCAUAGGAAAACAAAAAAUCUUCUACGCAAAUCAGGUACUUUUUGAUGAAGUCCAAAUACUUCAUUUUCAAGCUCUGAUGUUUGACAAACUUGAAAAAUACGACGAAGCUGCCAUCGCUGAUUGUGAUUCGAAAAUUAAUUCGCUUUCUGAGGAAGUGAAGAGUCUGACAGCGAAGUACAAGGAUAUUCAAAGUGCUCUUUUCAAGAUUGACAAUAUGAAAGCUCGAAUCGCUAAGCUGGAAACCUCAAGAGAUGCAGCAGCAGCGGAGGAUGGUAAACGAGCCCUUCAGGCGGAAUCAGCGAUUUCGAAAAUUGUACAAAAGCGAAAGCGACUAGCUACAGACAUGUUGAAUGCUAUAAUGGAGAAUUCGCCGCUUCCUAAACGAGAACUAUUGGAUUCCAUGGGUGUUGAACUAGACUGA